AUGGCUGGGAAAUUUUCAGAGGAACAAUCCACCUACUUUAAAGGAAGGUGUGAUCCUAAAGAUUCCCAGACUUGGCUUCAGAAGUUUGAGAAGAUCUUUAGAGUGAUGGCAUGCACUGAUGCACAUAAGAUCUUGUUUGAGAUGCAUAUGUUGUUCGAGGAGGAUGAGUAUUUGUGGAAGAAUGCCCACCAAAGGGAAGAUGCAUGUACCGAUAUCACUUGGGAUAACUUCAAGCGUGAAUUUCUGGAGAAGUACUUUUCGGAUGAUGUUCACAAUAAGAAAAAGAUUGAGUUUCUUAAGUUGAAGCAAGGAAACAUGACAGUGGUUGAUUACGUGGCUAAAUUUGAGGAAUUGUCCAGAUUUUUCCCUUAUUACAAUGGGGUAGGAGAAGAAUCUAAGGGUGUGAAGUUUGAGAGUGGCUUACAUCCUAAGAUCAGGCAGUUCAUUGGUUACUUGGAGAUUCGACAAUUCUCGAUGCUUGUUAAUAAAUGCAUGAUCUAUGAUGAGGAUAUUUGUGUUAGGUCUGCUCACUACAAAAGUGUUAGUAAGAAGAAGAAUGGCAACUAG